AUGUCUGCAGAAAUUAUCCAAGGAAAAGCAAAAGAGUUUUUGCAAAGAAUGUAUGGUGAAACUAAUCCAGAAUUCAGCUUUUCUAGUGGAUGGUUAGAACGUUUCAAGGCAAGAUAUGGAAUCAAAUUUUACCAAUGUUUUGGUGAAAGUGGUUCAGUUAUCAUGGAGAACAUUGAAAAUGCUUUACCUGGAAUACGAUCAAAACUAGACCAGUUUCAAUUGAAGGAUAGUUACAAUAUGGAAGAAACUGGAUUAUUUUGCCGAUUGAAAACUGAUCAUUCACUUGCUACCAAGCAGCUCAAAGGACGCAAAAAAGAUAAGGAGAGAAUUAAUGUUGUUUUUUGUUGCAAUGGUGAUGGAUUUGACAAAGUAUCACUUUGGGUUAUUGGUAAGUAUGCAAAUCCUAGAUGGUUUAAAAAUGUGAACAUGAACAAUCUUAAUUGCAAGUAUCGAUCCAACAAGAAAGCUUGGAUGACUGACUUGCUUUUUCAAGAUUUUGUUGGUUGGUUUGAUAAGAGAAUGAAAGGCAUGAAGGUUCUCUUCAUAGUAGACGAUUGCCCAACCCAUCCAAAGGUAGUUGAAGGCUUAAGAAAUGUAGAGUUAUUUUUCUUACCUCCUAACACAACGUCUAAGAUUCAACCAUGUGAUGCUGGGAUUAUUCGAGUAUUUAAAGAUCAUUAUCGUCGUCAUUUUUAUUCUAGCAUCUUACAAGGCCUUAAGGUUGAAGCACCAAAUCCUGAAAAAAUUAAUAUUUUGAAUGCUAUUAAUUUUGCUAACACGACUUGGAAUUUUGAUGUGAAGACAACAACAAUUGCAAAUUGUUUUCGACAUUGCAAGAUUCGGUCAGAAGAAAACAAUAUUCCCGAACCAGAAGUUGGCGAAUUAGAAGAAAACGAAGAAAUUAUUCAAUCGGUAAUGAACAGUAAUGAUGAUGAGAAUAAUCCUGAACCAGAUGAUAGUAGCGUUGUCCCAAAUGUGUCGUCAAAAGAGGCAUUUCAAGCAGUAGUCACCUUAAGCAACUACUUGCUACAACACGAGCAAAAUAUUCCGGAAGUUGUGUAUGCUCUACAAAAAGUUAAGGAUGUGGUUCAUUUUGAUUUAGGUGGGAAGAAAAAACAAUCAACUAUAGAUGCAUAUUUUCAAAAGGAAUGA